UUGACAUUGAGAGAGGGCGCCACGGUGCUACUGUCGACAUCGUCUUCGUAAUCAUUUUCGGAUUUAAAAAAAGUACAAGUGCAUAAAUUCUACUAAAACAAAGACAACGUAAUAAAGAAACAUAAGUUCUUCAACAUACAUUGUGGACAGUGUUAGAAACGAGUUCAAAACACAAGAAACCAGUGAAAAAGCUCCAAGCCAAAUAACUGUUGCUGUGUCGAGAUUUUGUGACUUCUUUCAAAACAAAAGACAAUAUUGAGUGAUUAAUUCUGUGAACGAUUAGUGAAGUGUUAUAAAACAAAUAGGGAAGACUUUAUGAGAAAAAUAAAAAAAAUAUCAUAACCUAUUUAUACAAAUGAAUCGGCAAAAUUGAACCAUAACGACUACAACGCCAUCUCUUGCAAACCUAAAGAACUCUGUGGACAAGAUACUAAUAGGUAAAUCACAGAUCGAUUCAUAAAUCCAGCCGAGUCGGUAAUUGCUAAUAGUACGGAAGUGUGUCACGAGAGUGCGCUACUAUUACAAAAAACAAACAGCAACAAUAUUUUUAACAUGGAAGAAGUUCUAAAAGCACUACAAAAUAUCCAAAAAGAACUAGAUGAACAAAAAAUAACAAUUCAGAAAAGCGGAGAAAACGUAACAGAGCAAGUAACGCAAAAUAUAAAUAAUAUAUUAGACGAGAAAUUUAAGUCUUUGGAAGAAAAGUAUGAAAACCUCAAGGAUAAAGUGGAUAAUCAAGAAAAAAGAAUAUAUUUCCUCGAAAAACAGGCGAGACAAAGAAAUAUAGUUCUAUUCGGUCUGAAGGAAACGGAAUCAUCAUAUUCCAGCUUAGAAAAUAUUAUUAUUAAUUUUAUAAAUGAACAUUUCUCUAUAAAGAUAGACCAAAGGGACAUACAGGAGGCUAAACGAAUUGGAAAAAAAGGGGAAAGGCCAAGACCAAUAAUUAUCACUGUCUCAACACUAGGUAUAAAAAUAGCCAUAUUUAAACAAAAAAAAGUACUUGAGGAUACUCCCUAUUACAUAAAAGAGGACUAUCCUGAGUAUGUUCUAAAUAAAAGGAAGGAGCUACAAGAACAAGUACGCAUUGAAAAAGAGAAAGGAAACUCAGUUAGAAUCAAAUAUGAUAAAAUAAUAAUUAUGAAUAAACAUUCGAAUCACACAUCAAAUUAUAGCAAAAGAAUGCUUUCUAACUCUCCUGAAAGUAUUACCACAUGCACGAACCCAAGCGAUGAACACAAAACGCAGGCCAAUAAGAAAAAUAAAACAGAGGCUCCCAUACAAAGAUCAUCCAGUUUAUCAGAGGGGCCAGUAAAACCAGGCAUAUUGAACUUCUUCCACAAGCACCCGACUAACACAUCGAAAAAUCAGGAAAACAAAACUAAUAACAUAUAACAAUUAAAGGCCCCCUCCCACGCGCAAAACUAUAUUGAAAAUAGACUAAAAACUAAACAUCUUCCAAGCCGGCUGGUCACCGUGGAAGAAUAUGACCACAACCCUCCAAAGAUAUCACAAAAAGAGAAUGAAGAAAAAUCAAAAAGAAACAAAGAAAACCUCUACAUAGCAACCUUCAAUGUUAGAACUCUGCUAUCACACGAAAGAAUAA